CAAUCAGCACUGCAAACAGCUGAUUGAUGAUUGGAUUUUACAUUUUGUUGCGAAAACCGCAAAGUUUUAUGCUGGAAAAACUUUGACUAGGCGGAAUCAUGAGUGAGGCGGAUAAGCAGCCGGUCUCGUUCGCCUGCCAACGUUGCCUGCAGCCCAUUGUGCUGGACGAGCAUCUGGAGAAGAUUAGCGAGCAUGCAAUGGCUGAGCUUUCAUUGCCAAUCUAUGGCGGCAAUGUGAACACAAUUGAUCCACAGGAUGCCAACAGCUUUGACCAUUUUGUGCCGCCUUUCAGACUGACUGACUCAAUCAACGGCACUGGCUUUACUAUGGUCUCCGAUGGAUUUUAUAACAAAAAACUGAGUGCUGGAUUCAAGCUGAAAGCAGAGCUAUUUGAUUGCCUUUCUUCAAACUCGGAAAUUGAUCAUCCACUGUGCGAGGAGUGCGCCGAUUCCAUGCUGGAGAUCAUGGACCGAGAGCUGCGCAUUGCGAAAGAUGAGUGGCAUGUUUACCAAACGUAUCUCAAUGAGCUGGAACAGCAGCAGGAGGGUCCCAACGUCGAUGCUCUUGACAAAGAGUUGGAGGAACUGAAGCAAAGUGAACAACAAUUACUAGCUGAACUGGCUGGUCUUAAGGCCGAGGAGAAAGUGUUAAAUGCUGCCAUCGAGCAGGAGGAAUUGGAAAAGGAAAAACUGCAUGAGCAAGAGGAAAUCUACUGGCGCGAGUACACCAAGCAUCGGCGCGAACUGAUGCUGACGGAGGACGACAAGCGGAGUCUCGAGUGUCAGAUUGCCUACUCCAAACAGCAGCUAGACAAGUUGCGUGAUACGAACAUCUUCAAUAUAACAUUUCACAUCUGGCAUGCCGGGCACUUUGGCACAAUCAACAAUUUUCGAUUGGGUCGCCUUCCAUCCGUCUCCGUUGACUGGUCAGAGAUUAAUGCUGCCUGGGGACAGACAGUCCUGUUGUUGUCAGCGCUGGCGCGUAAAAUUGGUCUAACAUUUGAACGGUAUCGCGUGGUUCCGUUUGGCAAUCAUUCCUAUGUCGAGGUGCUGGGUGACAAUCGGGAGCUACCGCUCUAUGGCAGCGGUGGCUUUAAGUUCUUUUGGGACACCAAAUUCGAUGCGGCCAUGGUGGCGUUCCUGGACUGCCUGACACAGUUCCAGAAAGAGGUAGAGAAGCGCGAUACCGACUUUCUGCUACCCUACAAAAUGGAAAAAGGCAAAAUUAUUGAUCCUUCCACGGGCAAUACGUACCCCAUCAAAAUACAAUUCAAUUCGGAGGAACAUUGGACGAAAGCCUUAAAGUUCAUGCUAACCAAUCUAAAAUGGGGGCUAGCCUGGGUGUCGUCUCAGUUCGUAACGCAAUGAUUUAUGCUGUCGCUUAACUGUCAUUUUAUUUAACUAUAGUAAUUAGUACUACACAAACUAUAAAUAAAUCCUUUAACAUUUAA